CCAGCCCCUUAGUUGUUAGUUCUACUUUAUCAUUCUUCAUUGUUAUUUACUUCAACCUGCAACCCCCCACCAAACCAGUCCCCUGCUUACCAUUCCAUACCUCAUCCUUUUUUCGAGUUUUCGGUACUUAUAUUAUGCACAUUUUAUCUGCAUGAAUGAUGAGGAACUCUAUGGCUAUGUUGUUUGUUGCUGUUGUUGGUGUGGUGAUCGCUUGCUAUGUGGUUGAAGGCAGAUUUGUUGUCGAAAAGGAGAGCAUUUCGGUUCUGUCACCUUCUGAUUUAAGGUAUACGAGACAUGAUGCUUCUAUAGGCAACUUUGGAGUUCCUGAUUAUGGAGGCUCUAUGGUAGGGUCUGUUGUUUAUCCUCAGAAGGGCUCCAAUGGUUGCAGCUCUUUCGAUGGUGACAAGCCCUUCAAGUCUAAGUCUUCUCGUCCGAUCAUCCUUCUUCUUGAUCGCGGAGAGUGCUACUUUGCGUUGAAGGCUUGGAAUGGGCAAGAAGCAGGAGCUGCAGCAGUAUUGGUGGCUGACGACAGAGAUGAGCCUCUGAUAACCAUGGAUUCUCCUCAAGAAAGUAGUGAUGCUAAUGGUUAUAUAGACAAGAUUGGGAUUCCAUCAGCUCUAAUUGAGAAAUCUUUCGGUGACACAUUGAGAGAAGCCAUACAGAAAGGUAAAGAGGAUGUGGUGAUAAGGCUAGACUGGAGAGAGUCGAUGCCUCACCCUGAUCAGAGGGUUGAGUAUGAAUUUUGGACUAAUAGCAACGAUGAAUGUGGAAUUCGCUGUGAUGAGCAGAUGAAGUUUGUUAAGGACUUCAAGGGGCAUGCUCAGAUUCUUGAGAAGGGUGGCUACACAAUGUUUACGCCACAUUAUAUCACAUGGUACUGUCCACAGCCUUUUAUUCUUAGUGAUCAGUGCAAGUCUCAGUGCAUAAACAACGGAAGAUAUUGUGCACCUGACCCGGAAAAUGACUUUGGAAAGGGGUAUCAAGGAAGAGAUGUUGUCAUUGAGAACUUGAGACAACUUUGUGUGCAUAGAGUCGCGAAUGAGAGUCAUAGAUCAUGGGUAUGGUGGGAUUAUGUCACGGAUUUUCAUAUCAGGUGUUCGAUGAAGCAAAUGAGGUAUAGCAAAGAAUGUGCAGAAUCUGUCAUGGAAUCUCUAGAUCUCCCAAUUGCGAAGAUAAGAAGUUGCAUGGGUGAUCCUGAAGCUGAUGUUGAAAAUAAAGUCCUAAAGAUUGAACAAGAUCGUCAAGUUGGGGAAGGAUCUCGCGGUGAUAUUACUAUAUUACCAACAUUGGUCAUAAACAAUGUUCAGUACAGAGGAAAGUUAGAAAGGACUGCAAUUUUGAAGGCCAUCUGUGCUGGAUUUCAGGAGACUGCAGACCCUCCGAUCUGUCUCAGUGGAGCUCUGGAGACCAAUGAGUGCCUCGAGAGGAAUGGUGGCUGCUGGAGCGACGUGAGGUCCAAUAUAACUGCCUGCAAGGACACAUUCAGAGGAAGAGUUUGCGAAUGCCCUGUAGCAAAUGGAGUGCAAUACAGAGGAGACGGAUACAAAUCUUGUGAAGCUUUUGGACCUGGAAGGUGUGCAAUAAGCAACGGAGGCUGUUGGUCAGAAACUAAAAAUGGACAGACUUUCUCAGCUUGCUCAGACUCGGAUCUAUCAGGCUGUCGCUGUCCACAGGGCUUCCGGGGGGAUGGUCAUAAAUGUGCAGAUAUCAACGAAUGCACGGAAGAUCAUGUCUGUCGUUGUGAUGGCUGUUCCUGUAAAAAUUCAUGGGGCGGAUACGAGUGCAAAUGCAAGGGAGACAAGCUCUACAUAAAAGAACAUGAUACAUGUAUCGCGAAAAAUGCAUCGAAAUUUGGUUGGUUUCUUACCCUUUUGGUCCUGGGAACAACUGCGGCUGCUGCAACUGCUGGCUACUUAUUCUACAAAUAUAGGCUGCGGACUUAUAUGGAUUCAGAAAUCAUGGCUAUUAUGUCGCAGUACAUGCCGCUCGACGGCCAGCACAAUCAGGUUACUCAGCAUGAGGCCGAACCCCUGCAACAAAGUGCGUAAAGAAGACGAGCUUUAGAAUAUUCGUAUUAAGCAGGAAGAAGACUGAGCUUGCAGAUGCAGGAGAUACCAUGGCUGACAUCUCAACACUACAGCAGCUAAGUUGAGGUUCAAAGAACGGAUUCGCAAAGUUUCUUAAAAUUUGUUAGGCUAUACCCCCUUCUAUACGGCUUGUAGUUGUGGAUAUGUAAAUUGAAGCUAGAAGUACAUAAUAGAGAAAGUCCUGUAAGUUUGAUGAAAUUGAACAUUCAUGACCAUGAUCAUGAUUCUCAUAUGUUUUACUAGAGUACAGAAAAAAGAUGCAUACUGCAGCGAUACACACACAUAUCCGGUCUA